AAUAAAUAAAUAAAAUAAAUUAAAAUUAUUAUUUUUUUUUUUUCUUAUAACUGAAAAGUUAAAUCCAAGUUAAAGCUCUUAAUUGAUUUUAGAAUUUUUCAUCAUUAUUAUUAUUAUUAUUAUUAUUUUUUUUUUAUAAGUAUUUUCUGUAAAGUCGUUAUUUUGCAACAUAUCUGCUAAUGGUAUAUGUGUUGAUGUGUUUGAAUGUAAAAAAAAAAAAAAGAAACAGAGAGUAAAAAAAAAUCCGGUUGUUAAGCGAUCAUUAUUUUUAUGCAAUUUAUUUUUAUGUCGCCUUUUAUUUUUACUUUUUACGCUUAACAAAAAUUUCAGUUACUUCUGCGUUAUCUUCUGAGAAAAACCACAAAAAAAAAAGAAAAAUAAAAGAAAAAACUAAUUAGAAAAAAAAAUCUUUUUUCGACAUAGCCAAACUGAAAAUAUAAAGAACGUUCCAAUCGAGUUAAGAUUCAUGAAUAUAAAGUAACAAAUUUAUGUGUCUAUGAAUGAACUCAUCCUAGUUUUUAAGAAUCAAAAAAAAAAAAAACUUCUUAUCGGAAACUGAUGGUAUCGCUGAUGUUGGUAUAUUUUACGUUCUGUUCCACAGAAUGUCCGGCAGGAAGACCUACACAAUUUUAUUGCAUUGUCUUUAUGAUAGUUCGGUUUUGAAAAAUGUCUGAAGGAAUUGUUGAUUAAGGAAUAUACAUAUAUAAAUAUAAAACAGUAUUGAUGUUAAAAUGAGAAUUUUUAAGACCGUAUUCAGUCCUAGUCAAAUACAGGCUUUACUACGUAAGGAUAUUUUAGUAAGAUGGCGGCAAUUGUGGCUGAUAUGCAUUCAAAUUCUAUGGCCCUGUGUAAUUUUUUUACUUUUAUAUUUAAUGCGUUUGAAAUUUGGUUCAAAACAUUUCGAAAGCUGUCAAUUCCCAACCAGGCAACUGCCCACCACUUAUAACACAUUGCCCGCCUUUCUAACAUAUAUUUGUAGUUUUGAAAAUCGCUGCGGUGACACUAACGACUAUGAAGAAUAUUUGAAAUUGAAAAAGGCACCUUUAAAACCGAUUUUUGAAAUCGCACAAAUUCUAAUAAAUGAUGAUCGCAUGUUUCAAGCCAUCACUGAUUUGCCGGAAAAAGCAAAUUUUAUAAGUGUCGUAACAACGCUUGUUACAAAUGCACAUUUCGAUGAGAUCCGAAAUCACAUUGAAAGGGUCAUUGACUUGGUGCCGGAAGUGGAAAACAUAUUAAAUGGAAGUUUUAAUAUAAAAAAGCUAUUUUCUGAUCGAAGAAAUCUUGUCAAGCUUGGCGAUUUGAUAUGCGGUCACCCAUUUCCCGAUCUUGAGAUCAUACCUUUGGUAGAAGACAUAAUAGAAUCUCAGGAUUUUAGUAGCAUUAACGACGAUGAGCUAAAAGCAAUGCCAACCGAUUAUUGUAAGCGUUUAUAUUUGGAUGUGACCAGCAGUAACUAUGGUAAAAUUACGUGGGAAACUGUUAAGCCAAUAAUUCAUGGCAAAAUUUUGUACGGUCCCUUAUCCGGGGACACUGAAUCGAUAAUAAAAUUCGCGAAUAGCACUUUUGUCGAAUUGGAUCGUUUGAAAAUGCUUUCAGUAACAUUUGAGCAAAUUCUAACUAAAUUGCGAACGGAUGUUAAUUUUCAGAAAGGUUUUGAAUCUCUUUUGAAUUUGGCCUCGUCCCCCAUUGUACGCUCUAUUAUCGGUGAUGAUUUCGAUAUUGAUCAACUUAAAAAUGCUUUUUCUAGCUUACGUACCGAUGCAUUUAUAUAUGACGUUGUUACCACUGUUAAGAACAUAUUAGAAUGUUUGUCGGUAGAUCGUUUUGUGGGCAUAGAAAACGAUGUGGAAUUAAAACGUAACGCUUUCGAUUUAAAUAAGGCACGUAUGUUUUACGCUGCAAUAUAUUUCAAUCAAACAACGGGGGAAAAUAUUGCCUAUAAAUUACACAUGGAUGUUGCACAUAGUCAGCCUACCAUUGAAAAUAAAAAUCGUUUUUGGUUCCCGGGACCUGCAGGCGAUAUGAAUUUCGAUAUGAAAUAUCAUCGUGGUUUCACUCAAAUUAAGCAUUCUAUAGAUAUGGGUAUAAUUAAGCACAAAAAGAAGGAACUAAGUGAAUUAGGUUUGGUAACGGAGCGACCGAAACCAUCUACUACGACAGUGAGUUCGUUUUCAAUUCAACUUGACGCUGAAGAAGAAGAAGGCAACGACCAUGACGAUGACGAUGACUGGUUUACUGAUGUAACCGAACAAGGCAAUUCAAGUGUAUACACAACUACACCGUCAACUUUAAUAUCGAGUCUCGUUAACGGUAUUCAAAUCAAUGCAAAUGAUACCGAGACCACUAAUAUUAGGGAAUCAAGAGAUGGUCAAGAAAUUGAAUUUACUACCUUUACGAGCACUAAUAAAUCGCGUCGUAAACGACAAAAUCUUCUUGAUUUCCUUUUCGGCUCCGGAAAUGCUAAGGACGAAAGUAUACAUUUUGAAGUCGAUGAUUUGAAAUUUUUCACUAAACAAUUUCCCUAUCCUGCCCAUACCGUAGAUGAUUUUAAGACUGGCGUCUAUUUGGCCCAAGCCGUUCAGGCUGGUUUCUUUUUAGGUUUAGUUGCUCAAGUUGCUGCCUGCGUUAGACAUAUUAUUUGGAUGAGAGAAUCGAAAAAUUCGAUGAUUAUGCGUUCAAUGGGUCUGAAACCGUGGUCGGAAUUGAUUUCUUGGUGUAUUAUUACAUUUGCCGAAUUGUUCCUUAUAUUCUUGGGCGUUACAAUUAUAUUAUAUUCCGGUUCCAUAUUAAUGUAUACUUCAUGGAUAUUUGUUAUGGUUUAUUUAUGUAUAUCAGCCGCCUCUUUAAUAGCUUUUUGUUUCAUGUGUUCAACUUUUUUCAAUUCCGCUACAAUCGGUGCGGUAGCUACCGCUGUAUUAUUUUUUAUGACUUUUUGUCCUUACAUUAUUGUAUUAAUGUUCGACGCGAAGCUGAGUUCUUUGCAAAAUUUUCUUAUAAACCUAUCGUUCACAACGGCAUUUGCACACGGCUUCGAUCAUAUUAUGCGUUUAGAGAUACAAGAGGUGGGCUUAAGUUUUGCGACCGCUUUUCAAGAAGGUCUUCAUGGCGAUUACGGAUAUGCAUUAUUUAUGAUAGUUUUGGAUAUGUUCAUAUAUAUUGGCAUCGCUUAUUUAUAUCAGAGAUUUAAAGACGACGAAUGUCGAUUUGUGGAGGUUCAGCGUGAAGACUUGGAUCCGGCGGUGGGUGCGACCUUAACAAACGUUUCGAAAAUAUAUCAAGAUAAUAAAAUAGCCGUGAGCAAUAUAUCUUUAUCGUUUCCCAGAAAUCAAGUAACAUGUUUAUUGGGUCGUAAUGGUGCCGGUAAGAGUACGAUAAUUAAAAUGUUAACCGGUCAGAUUGUACAGAAUACUGGGCGUGUAAUUUUAUCGCAAACUAUGUCAAAAAACGAUGAUUACGAUAAGGUGGGCGUUUGCUCUCAAGAUAACAUCUUAAUACCGAAUUUAACCAGCCGCGAACAUUUAGAAAUGUAUGCCAAAAUUAAAUUGCAAGAUCGAUACGCAGGAGAAGUUGAAAAAACUUUGAAAAGCUUACAUUUCGGCCAAUAUGAAAACUACCAAGCCUGUCAACUCUCAGGCGGUUUUCAGCGACGAUUAUGCGUGGCUAUAGCAUUCUUAGGUUCACCAAAUGUGGUGAUAUUAGAUGAGCCCUGUAACGGUGUUGAUGCUAAAGCUCGUAAAGAUAUUUGGGAUUUAAUCGAACGUUUACGUCAAGGUAGAGCCGUUAUAUUUGCUACCCAUUUUCUGGACGAAGCCGAACAUUUGAGUGAUAAUAUAAUAAUAAUGAAAAAUGGCAAGGUUAUAGCUAAGCACAAUCCGGAAACGCUAAAAAAUCACUGCAGCUCCUAUUACGAAAUAUCUCUCGAAUGCUGUGAUAAUCAUACGUAUGAAGAUAUUCUCUCUAAUGCCGAUAAAGUGUUAAAUGAUUGCCGUCGAUUAGAUAAGCAGCAUGAAACUGAUCUGAGGUUACGGGUACCUUAUGAUCAGCAAUUGCAUAAAUCCGCCGAGUUUUUAAAAUAUUUGUAUGGCCUACAAAUUAAAGGUAAAAUACAAGGAUUAGGUGUUGAAACUGAAAACUUGGAGCAACUUUUUAAAAAUUUGGAUAAAAAUUCGAACGGUAUGGUGAAUCAAAACGGUUAUACUGAUGGAGAUCGCAUGAAAACGGUUCAAUUGAAAAAAGAAUUCGAUACCGAAUUAGUACGUGACGCGCCAUUGACACGGGUCGAAGCAAUGCGUGAACUUUUCUGGAAACGUUUAAUACAUUUUAGUCGUAAUUAUCGCAUGAUCUUAAGUGUACUAAUAUUACCGGCUGUUUUUGAAAUCUGCGCCAUGUGGUUUAUUACACAACGCUUGGAAGAUGAUUACGAUAAGUCGUUGAAGUUAACCCGAGAUCUUUAUCCAAAAAGUACUCAAAUGUUAAGUAUGGAAAUUCCAAAUGAUUUCACACAACUCGCUUAUGCUAGCUUUAAGGAGGAAUGUGAAACGGAUAUGCCUUGCCAAGAAUUUUCCAACACUAAAGACGCAUUCUAUUGGAUCUUGCGUACACUACCAGAAUAUCGAGAAAAACGGUAUGGCGGUUAUAGUUUUAAUGAAUCAAAAGCAAUGGUUUGGUACAAUAACAAAGGAUAUCAUGCAGUGGUAGCUUGGUUAAACGAUUUGAAUAGUCAAUUAUUGCAAGUAUCAGUAAACGAUAGCAAUUAUAGGAUAACAACUUACAAUGAACCCUGGAAAUUGAAUGCAGCAGAAUUGAGCACCACUUCCAUCUUAAGAAAUGCCGGAGAUGCAUUUAUGGCUUUCAUUUUGCUAGUGGCUUUCUCUUUAGUCGUAGCGGUAGCGUCUGUCUAUUUGGUCAAUGAAAGAGUUAACGGUGAAAAAUUGCAACAAAAAUUGUGCGGUGUCGACGCUAUCACCUAUUGGAGUGUAGCUUUCGUAUGGGACUUUUUGAUUAUUUUACUGGCCAUUAUUAUUUGCUCUAUUAUUAUGCUGCUCUUCGGCAUGCCCGUUUUUACCGAUCGCCAACAGUUGUGGGCAGUUAUAGUCCUAGCUGUAUUCUUUGGAUUUGCCUGCAUACCGGCAGUUCAUGUCUUUGAGAAAUGUUUCAUGGAUUCGAGUGUUGCAAUUGUCACCAUCUUUGUCAUGAAUGUUUCGAUACCGCUUUUCACCAUGACUAUUGUCAUCGUUCUGGGCGUGGUCGGCGAUUCUCCUAUUUGGGAUAGUUGGCGUUAUUUCCUGAAUCGCGCUUUCCUUAUCUUUCCCCAACAUGCGCUAGGCGAUGGUUUGCAGGAAAUUUGCAAAAACUUUUUUGUUUCAUUAAUGUUCCAGCGUUACGAUAUCGACUCCUAUAAAAAUCCGAUAGGUGGUGACCUUUUAGGUCCUCACUUGAUAUCUCUGACGGUGUUGGGCAUAUUUUUCUUAAUACUAAAUGUUCUAUUGGAAAGCGGUCUGUUUUAUCGCUGGCAUGGAAAACUUUGCGAACAUUUCGACUGGGUAGAUGGCAAGGAGCGGCGCCAUUUCGAAGAAUUGAAAAUUGUUUCGAUACAAAAUUCCCUUAAACGCAAUGAUCAAAAUGAACAAAUUUCCGCUUUGAAAGCGGAAAAUCUGUGCAAAUCGUAUGGUAAAGGACAAAACGCGAUAUCGAAUAUAACAUUUUCGGUAAAGGCUGGUGAGUGUUUCGGGUUGCUUGGUAAAAAUGGUGCUGGAAAAUCUACCAUAUUCAAAAUACUCUCAGGCCAACUGCAACCAAAUGUGGGCCACGUAGAGUAUUACCAUCCCGAAAUAUCUUAUUGUCCACAAACCAACACUCUAGAUUCAUUAUUAACUGUACGUGAAUGUAUUGAAUUUUAUGGUCGUUUAAGACGCAUUACUAAUAUAUCUCAGCUGGUCACUAGCAUACUUGGGUCUUUUCAAUUGGAAUCUUAUCGUGAUGUGUUCGUCAAAAAUUUAAGUGGUGGUAAUCGACGCAAGUUGACAGUAGGUACGACUUGCUGUGGCCGCACUUCUGUUGUGUUAAUGGAUGAGCCAACCAGUGACAUGGACCCAAUGACCAGAGCAAUAGUCUAUCGUAGCAUUGACGAUUUGUUAAACGAAAAUCGAGCUAUUGUUUUAACAUCGCAUUCGAUAUCGGAAAUCGAUAAAAUUUGCCAUCGUAUAGCUGUUUUAAAGAAAGGCCGCAUGUUAACAUGCGGAAGUUUAGAUCAUUUGAAGAUUACAUAUGGCGGCUACUAUAAUGUAACAUUAUAUGGGGGAACAAAUGAAAUUUUAAAUUUGGAGAAGAAAGUACGCAAUAAAUUCCCUAAUGCCGAAGAUAUUCAAUGUUAUGUACACUCUCUUAGGUUUACGAUAAGAGUUAGAGAAAACGCAGGCGUUGAAGAAGCGAAAGUUAAGGAGCAUAGUGUUGAUGUAACUGAUGAUGGGCCAAUAGUACCUGAAAUUUCGUGCAAAUCUAAUGCACAUCUCAGAUUAGAUGAGCUUUUUAACGAGCUGAGUGCGUUGAGAGAAGAAUUUUCCGAUUCUUUGCGGUAUGCGGUUAACAAAUGUAAGCUGGAUGCAAUUUUCGAAAGAAUAUUGAGUAAAAGCAAUGACGACCCGUGCUAUGCGAUAAAAUCGGCAGCCUUUGACGGCACGCCGUCCACUGGUUAUAUACACAAUGGUUAUAUAGAAACCGAAACCGUAACGUAAGAAUAUCAAUAUAAUAUUAGGCCAAAAAUAGUAAGAAGAGAAUGAUACGAGUUUAAGAACAGAAUAAUUAUAUGUUAAAUUACUUACGCGUGAGUCAUAGGCAAAUCGGUGCUCAUGUCACACCGCAUAGUUUGCUGAUUGAGAAAGUCUUGUAACAGUUCAAUUACGUGCAAUCUCUUGCAAAGCAAAGCGUGAUGAUUCUUAAACGAAAAGAAUAGGCUGUGAUUUUGUCAUGAAACUCUAUCAAAGCUAAAAUAUAUUGUUACAGACUUUAAAAACUAUUACAAAUUUAAAUUUAAUUAUUCUAUCUAUUAGUUAAGUCUUCCUUAUGUUGUGUAAAUUUCUUUUUUGUUUUUGGGGAGUUUGUGUAAUAAGGUAAUUUUUAAAAAAGUUAUGUUAAAGGAAAUGAGCUGAGCUCAGAACUAUAGCUUUAAUUAAAUUGUUAAGUAUUAAGAAAGAAUUUUUCCGUUUAUUUUUUCUCUAUGGGAAUUUGCUCUAAUGUGUAUGGGAAUAAAAUAAUAUAUACUACUCUGUAUGAUUUGCAUAAUUUAAUCAAAUGAAUCAUAAUUAAUUAAAUAAAUUAAUAACCAAACAAAGUGUUAUUUUAACGAAAUACUUGGAACUAAAUUUCAUUAAUAUCAUCACUCGUGUAACGUUAUCAAUCCUAUACCUUAAUUGUUGCCUAAUUUUCUGGAACAUUUGGUUUGUAACGACUGGCCACCGAGGCGAAUAGCGAGCGCCACAUCAGAAAAACUCAUGUCACUGAAAGUCAAAUAGAUCCAU